CCCGGGGCCGGGCCAUGGCGAGCGGGCCGCGGGGCUCCUGGAGCGAGUGGCCCGUGGAUCACUUCCUGCGCACCGGGAGCAUCGGGGCCCGGGACGGCGCCGCCGUGCGCUGGUUCCACGCCGCCAACAGCCGGGCUCGGGCGGCGGAGGCCGCGCGGAGUGAUGUGCACAUGGUGGAGGUGGAUGUUCAGCUCCGGGGAGGGCACGAGGAGCCCGUCCUGGCUCACCCCCCGGACACCGACAGCGACAUCACCCUGCAGGAGUGGCUGGCACAGGUGGCCAGCACCGCUAAAGGCAUCAAGCUGGACUUCAAGAGCCUGGCCGCCGUGGGACCCUCUCUGGAGCUGCUGGGGCGGGUGGGGCCGGCCCUGGCCAGCCCCGUGUGGCUGAACGGGGACGUCCUGCCCGGGCCCUGCGGGAGCUGCGCGCCGCUGGACGCCCGCGCCUUCCUGCGCGCUGUCACCGCCUCCUGCCCCGAGGCCACGCUGUCCCUGGGCUGGACCACAGCCUGGCAGCCCGGCCAAGGCUACCGCUGGCCCAUGGUGCAGGAGAUGUCCCAGCUGUGCCAGCCCCUGUCUCAGCCCGUCACCUUCGCUGUCAGAGCGGCGCUGCUGCCCAGCUCCAUCCCUCAGCUCCAGUGGCUGCUGCAGCAGUCACACAGUCACACAGGUCAGUGCUGCCUCCUCCAGUGUCCCCAAGCUCAUGGAGCUGCUCCAUCCCAGUCACACAGGUCAGUGCUGCCUCCUCCAGUGUCCCCAAGCUCAUGGAGCUGCUCCAUCCCAGUCACACAGGUCAGUGCUGCCUCCUCCAGUGUCCCCAAGCUCAUGGAGCUGCUCCAUCCCAGUCACACAGGUCAGUGCUGCCUCCUCCAGUGUCCCACAGCUCAUGGAACUGCUCCAUCCCAGUCACACAGGUCAGUGCUGCCCCAAGCUCCUGGGGCUGCUCCAUCCCAGUCACACAGGUCAGUGCUGCCUUCUCCAGUGUCCCACAGCUCCUGGGGCUGCUCCAUCCCAGUCACACAGGUCAGUGCUGCCCCAAGCUCCUGGGGCUGCUCCAUCCCAGUCACACAGGUCAGUGCUGCCUUCUCCAGUGUCCUAGAACUCAUGGAACUGCUCCAUCCCAGUCACACAGGUCAGUGCUGCCCCCUCCAGUGUCCCACAGCUCCUGGGGCUGCUCCAUCCCAGUCACACAGGUCAGUGCUGCCUCCUCCAGUGUCCCAGAGCUCAUGGAACUGCUCCAUCCCAGUCACACAGGUCAGUGCUGCCUCCUCCAGUGUCCUAGAACUCAUGGAACUGCUCCAUCCCAGUCACACAGAUACACCCUCACUGUCUGGGCAGGAAAGGAAGAUGUGUAUUCUGUGGAAGACUUGCUCCUCAUCCGAGAAAACUUUGAUAAAAGUAGGGUUUAUUACGACAUUUUUGAGCCACAGAACUCUGAAUUCAAAAAAGCCAUUGGAAUCCAAUGCUGAAUGCAGAGCAGGCAAUGCCUGGCCCUGUCAUGCUUUAUAUUGUGAACCCCUUUAAAUUGAGGAAUUUUUGUUCAAGGAAAUGCGUUUUCCUUGCUGGAAGGACCGUGCUGAGCACGGCUGUGGUGACUGGAGGAGGUUUUGUGUUUGAGGCCUCUCAAACAGGAAUGCUGGGGACUGGCUUCUGCCAAACACCAUGGAUCACCAAGGAUUUCUCCCACAAUCAAAAGCUAAUGUGAGAAACAUUACCCUCCCAACUUCUUGUCCUCCUUUUCCUGUUCCUCUCACAAGGUUCCAGUGGCAAUUCUGUUAACUCAGGUGCUGUACACAGUAUUUAACAGGCUGCUGGUACUAAAGUUAAUCACAGUCAUUUUUGGUUCUUACAUGGCAUUGGUACAGCUGUGAUGGAAAAAUUAAUUACGUUUCUUAAUCCUAAAUCCUGCAUUAUGGGGACUUUACAUUAAAAUUCAAGGCUCCCUUACAUUACCUACAACUCCUUUGAGAGAUUUAUCUGAUCAUUAAUUUCUGUUAUCGAGGAGUAGAGCUUCCUUCUCUUUGGUCAUCUGCUGAGGUGUGCUUGGCUGAAACUGGGAGGAAGUUUUUGUGCCCAUAAGGAAGAAAAUGACCUGGUUAUGGUUGGGAUGGCUGCACAGAGUGCCUGCUUUAAUCUGCAGCACCGGGAGGGGUGAGUGGCAGCAACCACCCAAGGACCAGGCUUGCCUGUGCGAUGGCUCCAGCGAGUGUGGAGAAAUGAUUCAUUUCUCAGCUGAGGUUUGUUGCAGGCAGUUGCGUUCAUUGAUUUGCAGGAUUUCAUCUCUCAGUGGUGGGGCCUCUUCGGGAACCACAGGGACACAUUUUUCUGUUAUUCAGAAGUCUUCCCACUUAGCAGUUCCCACCUGAAGGACUGGGAUUUGUUAAAACUCAUUAAACUGUUAGGUAAGGAACAUCAGAAACUGCCAGAAAUAUUUUUAAGGAAUAAGUAUAUCUGAGCAAUAUGUGUGGAUGUCAGUAAACAGGGAUAAUCAGAUGAAAUUAAAAGAAGGCAUUAAAAUUCCUGGAUUACCAGGAACUGGCUGUGUGGUGAAUUUGAUUAUUCUGUAUGGAUAAUCCUAUAUAUAUUAAUUUCUGCAUGUAAUUUUUACCUAUGGAUCUCUGCUAGUCCCCUGUGAAGUUGUUUGUGUCAGUGUGGUCUGACUUGCACAUAAAUAAAUUAAUUUGGUUCUGUU